ACAGAACAGCCUACACAGAUUCUUUCGGAGUAAGCUAAGAGAAGCAACCAUGUCUGGCGAUGCCGAAACAUUUGCCUUCUCGGCGGAUAUCAAUCAAUUGCUAUCCCUGAUUAUCAACACCUUCUACUCCAACAAGGAAAUUUUCCUUCGCGAACUCAUCAGCAAUUCUUCGGAUGCCUUGGACAAGAUUCGUUACAUGUCUCUGACGGACAAAUCCGUGCUGGACUCGGAGCCUGAAUUAGAGAUCCGCCUGAUUCCCGACAAGGCGAAUGGGACCCUGACCAUUGAGGACACGGGGAUCGGGAUGACCAAAGCCGACCUGAUCAACAAUCUGGGGACCAUCGCCAAGUCCGGCACGAAGGCCUUCAUGGAGGCCCUGCAGGCAGGCGCCGAUAUCAGCAUGAUCGGGCAGUUCGGCGUGGGUUUCUACUCGUCGUAUCUGGUUGCGGACAAGGUGGUGGUGACGAGCAAGAACAAUGACGACGAGCAAUACACCUGGGUGUCCGAGGCUGGAGGUUCCUUCACUGUCACCCCCGACACCUCCGGGAAGCCGUUGGGGAGGGGAACCCGCAUUGUCCUGCACCUGAAGGAGGACAUGAAGGAAUAUCUGGAGGAACGCCGCAUCAAGGACCUGGUCAAGAAGCACAGCGAAUUCAUCGGUUUCCCCAUCAAGCUGUACGUGGAGAAGACUACGGAGAAGGAGGUGACGGACGACGAGGCAGAGGAGGAGGAGGAGGAGAAGGAAGGGGAAGAGAAGCCCAAGGUGGAGGAGAUGGAUAUGGAGGACGAGAAGGAGAAGAAAGAGAAGAAGACGAAGAAGAUCAAGGAAGUGACGCACGAGUGGGUCCACUUGAACCAGCAGAAGCCGAUCUGGAUGCGGAACCCGGAGGAGAUCACACAGGAGGAGUACGCGGCUUUCUACAAGUCCUUGACCAAUGACUGGGAGGAGCACGCGGCGGUGAAACACUUCUCGGUGGAAGGGCAGCUGGAGUUCAAGGCGGUCCUUUUCGUUCCCAAGCGUGCGCCCUUCGACAUGUUCGAGGGAGGGUCCAAGCGCAAAUGCAACAACAUCAAGUUGUACGUCCGGCGGGUCUUCAUCAUGGACAACUGCGAGGAAUUGAUGCCGGAAUACCUCCAAUUUGUCAAGGGCGUGGUCGACUCGGAGGAUCUGCCUCUCAACAUUUCCCGCGAGACGCUCCAGCAAAACAAGAUUUUGAAGGUGAUCCGCAAGAACCUGGUGAAGAAGUCGAUCGAACUCUUCAACGAGCUGGCGGAAGACACGGAGAAGUACAAGAAAUUCUACGAAGCCUUCGCCAAGAACAUCAAACUGGGCGUGCACGAGGACUCCACGAACAGGGCCAAGCUGGCCAAGCUUUUGCGGUACUACUCGACCAAGUCGGGGGAGGAAAUGACGGGCUUUGACGACUAUCUGGCGCGCAUGCCUGAGAAGCAGCCGGGGAUCUACUAUGUGACAGGCGAGAGCAAGCGCGCGGUCGAGAACUCCCCUUUCCUGGAGAGGCUGAAGAAGAAGGGGUACGAGGUCCUGUUCAUGAUCGACCCCAUCGACGAGUACGCGGUGCAGCAGCUCAAGGAGUACGAAGGGAAGAAACUGAUUUGCGUGACCAAGGAAGGGCUCAAGAUCGACGAGGACGACGAGGAGGAGGCCAAGGCCUUCGAGGAGCUCAAGGCGAAGACGGAGGGUCUGUGCAAGCUCAUGAAGGAGGUCCUGGACGAGAAGGUUGAUAAGGUUGUGGUGUCGCCCCGACUGGCGGACUCCCCCUGCGUCCUAGUCACGGGGGAGUACGGAUGGUCGGCCAACAUGGAGCGGAUCAUGAAGGCACAGGCCUUGCGUGACUCCUCCACCUCGGCGUACAUGACGAGCAAGAAGACGAUGGAGAUCAAUCCUAAACAUCCCAUCGUCAAGGCCUUGCGCGAAAAGGCGGAGGCGAACCAAACAGACAAGACCCUCAAGGACUUGACCUGGCUGCUGUACGACACGUCGCUCUUGACCUCGGGCUUCUCGUUGGACGACCCCAACACGUUCGCCUCCCGCAUCCAUCGGCUGAUCAAGCUGGGCUUGUCCAUUGACGAGGAGGUGGAGGAGGAGGGUGCCGGAGGCAAGGACGACGAGUUGCCCCCCCUGGAAGAGGGAGGUGAGGGAGAGAGCGCGAUGGAGACGGUCGAUUAA